GAAAUCAGAGGUUCGAGAGGAUAAAUCAUUUCCACUUCACGAAUUCUGAUUGCAGUUAUAUUUCUGUCUAUUUACUUAUAGAGUAUAGUAAGAAUAAAAAUUUAUUCUAGAACAUUCUUUUUGUUGUUCUCGAACCAUCUGCUUUCCCGCCAAAUUGCAUUAGCAGCGCCACCUUCGGAGGGUUACGAGAUCGAUUCGAUAAUAAUCGUUCUUCCGAUAAUCGUACUAAGUCGUGACAGUUGGCGGGAAGACAGUGACCAGGCUUUAGCUUAACGCGUAAUCGUUCUAAAUUACCGUGUGUACCUAAAUUACUGUGCGUGUUUCUUAUCGUUGUUAGUUACUUGUUUUUAUAGUGUUUAGUUAACCUAUCAUUAAACGGAUUUCGUUGUUUUUUACGGAAGUAGAAUUAGAUCAACAAGUUCUCCACGAUAAUUUUAGCAAGUUCCUGGAAGAAAAAAGUGCAUCGAAGGUCGCUCGAACAGCGUGAAAGCAAGAACGUCUGCAGUGAUAGAGAGCCUCCACCCUUCGAAACGAUCCAGGAAGUCAUCGACUACCGCGUCGUCCGGUGCAUCGAUAAUCGUCGGUCCUUUCAUCCUAAGCGGGUCAUCAUCAUCCGUACUCGAGACAACGCUACUGCGACCACUACAAUGCUGCCAACGCAAAGGUAGAAGCUGCAGAGGAGCGUGUAACGAGAACAACGUUUAAAGAAAAUGGCGGUAAUUGACGGAACGAAGAAGCCUCUUGCCGGUUCUCACGGGCGAACGACAGUUGUAUCGGAAGGCAACAAACUGCAGGCCAGGUGGAUUCGGGGGAGGACCGUUUCUCGUAGCUGCGAAGAUGCUUAGGAAGAAAGAUUCCCGAAAUUUCAUUAGCUAAGAGUAUAACCUUUCGAAGAUUCGUCGAGUCGAAGAGAUCGGACUUAAAGUCUUGGACCGUUAGUUCUUAAGGACAAGGGAGAAGGAGGUGUUCGGAAAGAGAUUGGUAAACAGGAAGCACGGUAUCCGGAAGUAACGCUGGCACGGUGAGGGGGUCCAGCAACGAGUCCAGCUGUGGAACAGCGAGUUCCGGCAGCGGAAGCGGUGAAGCCAGCGGCAGAAUGCAGUUGACAGAAGCCUCGACUCCUGGCGCUGCCGCAUCGCCGGAGUCGGGCGUUUCUCCUCUGACCGAUGCCUACACCAAGAUGACCAGCGAUAUCCUGGCGGAAAGGACUCUCGGCGAUUUCGUAAGCGAGCAUCCUGGAGAACUGGUCCGAACAGGUUCACCCCACUUGGUCUGCACCGUUCUCCCAGCGCACUGGAGGUCGAACAAGACCCUUCCGGUAGCGUUCAAGGUCGUAGCCCUUGGCGAGGUAGGCGAUGGCACUUUGGUGACCGUUCGUGCUGGCAACGACGAGAACUGCUGUGCCGAGUUAAGAAAUUCCACCGCGCUGAUGAAGAAUCAAGUUGCCAAGUUCAACGAUUUGAGGUUCGUCGGAAGAAGCGGAAGAGGGAAGAGUUUCACGUUGACGAUCACCGUGUCCACCACGCCGCCGCAGGUCGCUACCUACACCAAGGCGAUCAAAGUAACCGUCGACGGCCCGAGAGAACCGCGAUCCAAGACCAGGCAGCAACAGCAAUUCCACGCGUUCGCGUUCGCUUCCCAGAGGGGUGGACCAUUUUUCGCAUCCCCUUUAGUGGAUCCUCUGCAACCCUUGCCGAAUCUUCAACCGUUAUCGAAUCCGUUGCAGCCACGAAACCCGUUGUCCUCGUUCAGGCACACGAUGCCUGGAAACUGUCAAAACAUGUCCCAGUUUGGUCUGGCUGCAAGUAAUUCAUGGGGAUACGGGAGCACGGCUGGUUACGCCGGUUACCUUCCUGGGCCUUUGUCGUCGUGCGCGGCACAGGCGUCGUUCCCACCCCCGCCACCGCCACCUCCACCUCCACCACCACCCCCGCCGUCAUCGUCAUUGGCGUCUUUCGCGGGCACCGCGUCUAUGAACACACCGACGGCGCCCGAUUCCACAGCGGAAUCCACUGUCACUUCCGGUACCGGUGCGGGAUCCACGGCACAGCAGGAUGCGUUCUCAGCGGUAUCUUCCCUGGUCCCGGACUCGACGACGACGGGUCAGUCGGAUCCGCUGGAUCCAUUGAGCAGCCUGAUGUCCGGAACAUCGAUUCAGAGGUACCAGGACUACAUGUCACCCAGAUCCCUGUCGACGGACUCCAGCACCACGGAGAGUCCCGUGCACGAGGAACAAGCCUUCGGACAGAAUUAUGGCAACUACUUCCCGACGUCCGGUGUGCUUCCCAGCAUCCUCUACUCUCAGCUGUACGGCAACCAGUUUCAAAAUUCCGAGAGCCCCGAACAGAGAACGGUGACGGACAGUUGCAGCGUCAGAGAGGGAGAAGUCAGACCGGACAAUAACGUGUGGAGGCCUUAUUGAGACAAAGGUCCUCUCCUAGGAAUUUCGUCGAACGAGCCUCUGUCGUAGGGUAUCGUCGUCUUUUUUAAACGAACAACGACGAAUCGAUCGUCGACGAGCAAAACUGUGAUCGGUGAAAUGUGCUGGCUCGAUACGAAACUAGCUACUUUUAGUGGGCAUUAACGAUUUCGAAAAAUGACAGUCACGGUGCAGGUUCGGUGGUGAAGGUUAAUCACGAUCGAUCGAUCUUUCCGCUGGUUGUGUCUCAACGAAUCUCUAGAGUGGGUUGAUUUGUAAUUAAGCGACGGAGAGAACGGGAUUUUUUGAAUGGCGAAUGCGUGAGACUGGUGUGAACGUGCUGGUGCUGGUACGGUGAUGGUGACGAUGACGAUGAUGUAUAUAAACACUGUACAUAGAUAGAGCAUUGUCGUUUCGUCGGGUCAUUCAUCACUGGCGACAGACUACGAGAAACGUAACCAACUGUAUCGACUGUAUCCACGGUGAUGGUGCUUUCGACUUAAGUUUCAUAUUCUUUCAUUUCGAGGAUACGCGAAAAUUUUACUUUCUGCUUCGAUUACGUUUUUACGUCUUCGAACUUCCUAUCAACGAAAAGGUUCAUAAAACUAAGCGAAGAUGCUCAAAAUAAUUAUAGGAUCGAUCCGAUGACUUUACUUCUUAACGCUUUUCUUGUUAGUAUUUGUUGGCGAUCUAAAGUAUUCGAGAAGAUCCUCUAAAUUAUUUUCUGCGCGACUUAAAGAACAUCAGUCGACGAUACAGUCGGUACAAGUUCGAUUUCUUUCGAUUAUGUUUUCAUAGUAUAACGUGGAUCGAUUCGACUGCGGGCUCGUGCAAUAUCGUCCGAGCGUGAUUCGGUGUUGCGAUUCUCGUCGAGUUAAAAACGUGGAAAUUUGUUAAAGAGAAUUGUGCGGAUCGCGUUUCGGUCGAGUCGACGAUAAAAAGUCUCUCGCGAGGGACGAGGAAAAACUUGUCAAGAUUCAACGAAAGAGAAGCAUGCCGACGGUACGCUUUCACAUCGAAAUUCUUCCGGUAAACCGAAACCAAAACCGAAAUUUGCGUCACAGUGUCCUACGGCGCGAUACGAUUGAACGCGUCGGUGGUGAUUUAAUCGUUGUUUUUUUCUACCGCCGACGAUUAACACUCUGCGCCUCCCCCCGAAAGAAUAAUUUCCGAUAUACAUAUCUACCGACCUAUUGUUAUCGUAGUUUUUAACUUAGUC